AUGAGUAACGUACCAGAAAAUGCACCACAUCACUGUCCCGGGACACAAAGCGAGGAUGCAGGUAAAGCAUCAGCAUGUGCAGGCUGUCCUAAUCAAAACAUUUGUGCCUCAGGUAUCCCAGCAGGCCCUGACCCUGCUAUAGAGAUCAUCAAGAACAGAUUGUCAAAUGUUAAACAUAAAAUAUUGAUUCUCUCUGGAAAAGGUGGGGUUGGGAAAAGCACCUUGACAUCUCUGCUUGGACAUGGCUUAUCAGCUAAAAAUGCAGAUAUUAAUGUUGGAAUUUUGGACGCGGAUAUCUGUGGUCCUAGUCAGCCCCGUGUCCUUGGAGUAAGGGGCGAGCAGGUUCACAAUUCAGGCUCUGGAUGGUCACCUGUUUAUGUGAAAGAUAAUCUGUCACUGAUGUCCAUUGGAUUUCUGCUUGGAAGCCCUGAUGAUGCUGUCAUUUGGAGAGGGCCUAAAAAGAAUGGUAUGAUAAAGCAGUUCUUGAGUGAAGUAGAUUGGGGAGAUCUUGAUUAUUUACUCAUUGAUACACCUCCAGGAACAUCAGAUGAGCACCUGUCCUCCGUACAAUACCUGUCGGAAGCUGGGCUAACUGGCGCCGUCAUAGUGACCACCCCGCAAGAGGUCGCCCUCCUGGACGUGCGAAAGGAAAUCCAAUUCUGCAAAAAGGUGGCUGUUCCGAUACUCGGUGUCAUCGAAAAUAUGUCGCUUUUCGUCUGUCCAAACUGUCAUACGCGUAGUGAGAUAUUUCCGGCGACAACUGGCGGUGCGUCGCAGAUGUGCAAUGAUCUGGGGGUAUCGCUGCUAGGCAACUUGCCUUUAGAUCCUCUUCUAGCACGAUGCUGCGACUCCGGCGCAGAUUUCACUACUGAAUUGCCACAAUCGCCCGCUGUACAACAGCUGCACCAUAUAGUUGACAGAAUUAUUACAGCGUGCGAAAAGUCCUCUGGCUAA